AUGGCUAGCCUACACCCUUUUGACCCCAUCACCCCUGGGGAGAUCCAGCUAGCGGUCCGCAUCCUCGAGUCCGCCUUUCCCGGGGUCAAGUUGCGUUACAAGCGCAUCGAUCUCCAGGAACCUACUAAGCAUGAGGUCGUUCCUUACCUCGAGGCUGAGCGCCGUGGAGAGCCGCGCCCUCCGAAGCCCGCCCGUCUGCUGAUGGCCCUGUUCCACCGUCUAGACAAUGGCUCCUUCUACAAGGCCUUGUUGAACGCAGACACCAAGUCCGUCAUCUCAGCCAAGGAACUCCCCAAGGAAGUCCAGGGUCCAUUGGAUGUGGACGAGAUGAUUGAAAUUGAGCAGCUGUGUCUUGAUCACCCUGUCGUCAAGGCGGAGAUUGAGAAAUUGCAACUGCCUCAGGGCAUGACCGUCUGCCUAGACCCGUGGAUCUACGGCACAGACGACGCCAAGGAAUCCCGCCGCUUGUUCCAGUGCUACAUGUAUAUCGUAGCCACCGAUCACGCCCAAAACAAUCAGUAUUCUCUUCCCUGCAAGUUCUCUCCUGUCUUUGAUGGUAUUACCCGCGAACUGGUCCGCAUGGACUACUUGCCUGGUGGUGCAGACUCCCAGACCAUGGACACGCAGCCGUGGAAGCCCGUGAAGGCUAUUCAAUAUGCCCACGAGCUGCUCGAUGAACCGAUACGCACUGAUCUGAAGCCCUACAUUGUGCAACAGCCCGAGGGCCCUUCGUUCAGUGUGAUUGGAAAUGCCGUUUCAUGGCAGAAAUGGCGCUUCCGUGUUGGCUUCAACAACCGCGAGGGGCUGGUGUUACACAACCUCACCUACGAUGGUCGGAGCACUUUCUACCGCCUGUCGUUCUCCGAGAUGACUGUUCCCUAUGGAGAUCCUCGUGCUCCCUACCACCGCAAGCAGGCCUUUGAUGUCGGCGAUGUCGGGUUCGGUAUCACAGCCAACCAACUGGCCCUAGGCUGCGACUGCCUUGGUCAUAUUAAAUAUUUCAGCGGUUACCGCACCGACGCCAAGGGCGAGCCUAUCCUCCUCCAGAACGUAAUCUGUCUUCAUGAAGUUGACUCGGGUAUACAACAUAAGCACACAAACUACCGAACGGGCGCCGCAACAGUCGUCCGUAACCGCCAGCUCGUCGUCCAGAUGAUCUGCACAGUGGCUAAUUACGAAUACAUCUUCGCCGUGAUCCUCGAUCAAGCAGCCAACAUUGAGCUCGAGAUCCGCGCAACCGGUAUCCUCUCUACCGUUCCAUUCGACAACGAAAAUGGCCAAACUGUCCCAUGGGGAACGAACGUCGGCCCUGGCGUCAUGGCCCCCUUCCAUCAACACAUGUUCUCUCUGCGCAUUGAUCCCGCACUGGACGGAUACAAGAACACCAUCUACUACGAGGACAGUGUCCCUAUGCCAGAGGACGACAAUAACCCCUACCUGGUGGGCUAUACCACCCAGCAGCAAGUCAUCAAGACGAGCGGUAGUGCCUCAACUAGUGUUGAGAAACACCGCGUCUUCAAGAUCCGCAACGACCACAUCAUCAACCCGAUCACACACCACCCGAUCGCAUACAAGUUGAUGACCUCCCCCAGCCAAAUGCUCCUUGCCAACCCCAAAUCAUACGGCCUUAAGCGCGCCCAGUUCGCCACCCGCCCAAUCUGGGUAACAAAAUACCAGGACGACGAGCUCUUCGCUGCCGGCGAAUUCACAAACCAGAGCAAAGAGUCUCAAGGCGUGGAGAAGUGGGCUGCACGAAAUGACGCCGUCGAGGAUGAGGACGUGGUCCUCUGGCACACCUUCGGUCUUACCCACAACCCGCGUAUCGAGGAUUUCCCGGUUAUGCCCAUGGAGCGUGUGAGCGCCAUGCUUAGGCCGGAUGGCUUCUUUACUAAGAACCCGGCGUUGGAUGUACCGCAGUCAGAUCAGUCGUUCAACAAAUCGACUUUGCACCCUGAGCCGUCUUGCUGCGCUGGACCUCAGGAUCGCAGUCAGGUGAAGUUGUAG